GCUAGCUGGUGCUCUCGGGUGUCGUUCCACCACAGACACCUCUUCUCCCCUUCCCCUCGCCAUCCCCCUCACGCGUAGAAGAGGCGUAAGUCUGGCGAGUAUGAUGAGCGCGUGCAGGAAUGCCGCAAGGGCGGUGCUUUGCGUACGACGGCCAUUGAUUGCGCCCGCCAGGCUUGUUGUGCCCGCCACGCCUGGUGCUGCUGUCCGAGCGCUGAGCUAUGCACAAGACGGGGGGCAAGGCGGCGCACCAUGGAGUGGGCACGGGGAUGACGGGGGAGGACACGGGGUGAUGGGAGGGAGCGACCGUCCCCGGCGUAGAGUGGUUGAGAGGCGACCCGGCGAUUGGUGA